UCGUCUUCUCCAUUUUAGCUGGAAAAUUUUAACUGGCAACGGAACUACGGGGGUGGGACCAUAAUUUGUAUUUUCAUUGGUAAGGUUGUGACGUCCGGAUUUGGGCGAAGCGAUUUCUCAUUUUAUUUGUUUAAAUUGGUGUCAGUCUGGAUCAAAAAAAUGUGUCAAUCUGGUAAAUCUUGUUGUUGCGAAGGGCUGAGUUUAAAAUGAGUUCAACAGUCUGCUUGUGUGCCCUGAUGAGGGCUUGCCCGCUGUGUUCUUUCUGGUUGCUGGGGACUGUUCACUUCGGACACAUGUAGCAUACACGAUCGACACUAGCGAGACCUUAUUUUCAGGAUAUUUUGCACUUUUUAAUGGUGUUGGUACGAAGUAUUACACCCCGUGAUUUCUUAUUGUUUUGUCUUUAUUUCACCUCACAUGAGUAGCCUAACUGCAGUAAAAGAAUCAUCUAACAUUGUUUUCUGUAGGCCACUGUUCAGUGUUGAUCAGACGACCAUUACCGUUGAAAAUUAGAAAUUCUCAUUGUUUGAUAAUUUGAUGAGCUCAACUGCAAUCUAGAAGGAUGGCAUACAGGUUUUGCGACACGAUGGCUCUAUUUCGAUUUAGAUUCGUGUUCGCCUAGGCUGCUUGUGGACGUUCAUGAGUUGUUGAUAUACCCCAAGUGGUGCCUCGGUCGUCUUUACGUUUCAACAAAAACGAAAAUACUUUCUACGAGGUUAACUUGUUUAAUAAAUGAUUAUCGCACUUGAACUACACUCUUUCCUUUCUCAACCAAACAAAUACACCAGCUCCGCCUUGUUGAACGAUUGGUUCAAUAUGGAGGUUGGGCGUCUGCAAGUACUUGACGUGCCUAUUCUUGUCUAUUGAUUGGCCAUGUGUGACGACAGUCACAUGUCAUGUCCCGCCCUCUAAAGUGAUCAAGGUAGUGUGUGAACUGUGUCUAAGAGGCGGCAUCCUUUAACGCUUCUGCAUGUCCAAGUGUUCCUGUAUCUCCUGAUUGCUUUACUGAAGCCGAAAUGGAUAUGAAGAAAAGAAUUCAUCUAGAAUUGCGAAAUCGGACACCAUCUGAUGUCAAGGAGCUGGUUCUUGAUAACUGUCGAUCAAAUGAAGGGAAAAUCGAAGGCCUCACAGAUGAAUUUGAAGAGCUGGAGUUUUUAAGCACAAUUAAUGUUGGCUUAACAUCAGUUGCAAAUUUGCCUAAAUUGAAUAAACUCAAAAAGCUUGAAUUGAGUGACAACCGCAUCUCUGGAGGCCUGGAAGUUCUGUCAGAAAAAUGUUCAAACCUCACACACCUCAACCUCAGUGGAAACAAAAUCAAAGACCUCAGCACCAUCGAACCUCUGAGAAAGUUGGAGAGCCUGAAGAGCUUAGACCUGUUCAACUGUGAGGUCACCAACCUGAACGACUACCGGGAGAAUGUGUUUAAGCUCCUCCCCCAGCUGACCUAUCUGGACGGCUAUGACAAAGAGGACAAGGAGGCCCCCGACUCGGAUGCUGAGGGCUACGUGGAGGGGCUGGACGACGAAGACGAGGAUGAUGAAGAUGGAGCAGAGGAGGACUAUGAUGAAGAUGCAGCUCCAGGGGAUGAGGAUGAUGAUGAUGAAGAGGUGGAAGAGGAGGAGGAUGACGAGGAAGGCGGCGAGGAGGACGACGAUGAUUUAAGUGGAGAGGAGGAGGAGGAUGAGCUGAAUGAAGGCGAGGAUGAUGAGGACUUAGACGAGGAGCGGGGGCAGAAGAGGAAACGAGAUCCUGAGGAUGAAGGUGAUGAUGAUGAUGACGACGACGACGAUGAUGAAGACUAAACCCGCUUCUUUACUUGCUUUUUAAAAAUGACUCUUGUGUUUCCUAAACGGACAUAUGAGCUGUGGGUGGGUGUAUGUGUGUGUAGAGACUGGGGGGCUGGGGACGUGAAGUCCAGGUUAGGUCACAGGCGUAUUUCUUUUAUGUUUAUCAGUUGCAGACUUUAGUUCAGUUACAUUUCUUUUCCAGCUCCGGUCCUGUAAUCCAGACCACAAACAUUAUUUUGUAAAGGAACACACUCCCUUACUAAAGGUGUCAGUUCUUGCUACCAUGGAUGCCGAAAUGCAUAUACAGAUGUUUUUACAACAGAGAGCAGAAACGUACCCAAAGCUUUUGAGUGCUUAUCCACCUAUUUUGAUGACUACUGCUUUUUUAAUCUCAUACACCAGCCUGCCCUUAUUUUCCUCUGGAGGGUUGUUCAUUUUACAGAGUAAACUAUUUUACUGUUGUGAGUGUUGAGGGUGGCCUUGUCCCAAGGAGGCUCUGUGUGUGUGUGUGCGUGUGUGUGUGUGUGCACGCUUGCGGCCCCUGUCCGUCUUGCUCUGAAUGUCUGCCAUUAUCACAGGCUGGCUCCUUCCUGUGCGUGAAUAGUCUAUGUGUGGGGUUUUUGUAAAUAGUGACCAAAACUUUUUCUAUGCUCUUUUGAUAAUGGUAGACAUUUUUUCAUUAUCCAGCUGUAACAAUUUAACUAUAAUAAAAUGUUCAUUGGACAUUGAAGAAUCCA